GAAGUCAGCCGCUGAACUCUGACGUUCGAAUCGUCGCGGGAAAUGUCCCGCGGCCUCUCACGUUCAAUGCGAGGCCCUUCGACGAGCCCUUCGCGGAACAAAAGUCAGAUCUGUCGAUCGCGAGUCUUGAACCUCGAGGCUCUGUGUGAGUUCGCGGCGUUCUACGAGCGAUGAGUGUUCCACAAAUGUCGGCGAGGAAAUCCGGAACCAUUUCGGCCGAGGAACUCGAAACUACUCGGGGCAUACGUGAAAUAAUUCUGAUCCACGUGAAAGUCGAUGAGUGAAGUAAGAAGAGCGGAAGAAUUCGCGUGUCGCGUCCAUACGGGAGUCUUCUCGCCCUGAUCGGACUGACGGCGGACUGUCCUCGGCGAAUGAUGCGGGAUUCCCCGAUUUCUAACGGAAAAUGCGUUAUUGGCAAUCGCGGCAUCUAUGCCUGAAAAGUUUCUUGAGGUUUGACCGCUCUCGAAGCAUUCACCUUUUGCAUAGGCGGCAUGUCGCGAUCUGACGCGAUGUUGUGGUGCGAUAUUUAGAGUCCUCUCGGCGAUCGAGAGUUCACCGUUCGAUCGAAGAGAUGCGCGGAACGAAGUGAUACUUUGCCUCUGAAGACGAGAAAGAAUAUCCUUGCCGAGAAAUGAGUUCGCACACUCAUGCGAGGACCAUGUGCACCGGCAACGCAGUCUCCGGCGCAUUCUCCGCUUUGCAUCUUCUGCGGAGUUGCAGCCUCUUCGCUCCGAACUCAGACCUCUGCAGGUACGAGACUUAUCCUGGCCGAGACUACGGUUUCGUCGAGCCCGAUAUUCUAACGAAUUCUGUGACCACGGAUUCCCCGUCCUCACCUUUAACGCCAUCCUUGUCGACGACGUUUUCGCUUCCGGGAACUCUGCUUCAGCCGCCGUUCCUGGCGGCGAUGCCACCUUUAAUGCAAUCACUGAGCGUACCUCAACCGUUUUCCACUCCCGCUACGGGUGCCAUGAGCCGUCAUUUUAUCACCACGAGCGGUAUAACCACCCUCCAUCGGAGACCUAGAAGCGAAAAGAAGCCGAUCCCAGAUGAGCAGAAGGACGAGAAGUAUUACGAGAGGCGCAAGCGGAACAACCAGGCGGCGAAGAAGUCGCGAGAUGCUCGCAAAAUCAGGGAGGAUCACAUCGCACUGAGGGCGACGAUGCUGGAGCACGAGAACGCGAUCCUAAAGGCGCAGAUAGUAACCCUGCGCGAGGAGGCGCAAUCGUUGCGGCACAUGUUGAUCAAGCAACACAGCCCGGCGAUACAAUCCAUCGAAAGAUCGAUCUCCUCGAUAACACCCGUUACACUCUCCCCGCCGCAUACGACCGCGAGUUUAGAUUGUUAAUUGAUCUCGAUGGACGGAAGUGUCGUUGUUCAGGGAGCAAGGAUUAAAAUCCGUACUGCAUCUCGCCGAUGUUCAGCCGAUUGUCACGAUUUUCGGAAGUUUGUGCAAGUUUGGUUGCGAAAACGCAAAGAGUCGCGACAGUCGGUGUAAACUGAGAUUCGCAAUCGUUGAAAUUUUAGCGAGAUUUUGAGAGAAUCGAUUCGAGCAGCAUGAUAAAUCGUCGAAUGUAUUUCUCCAUGUUGCGCGAACGACGAGAGAUUAAUUUAACAGUUGGAUCGAGAUAAUAAUGACUUGUGACUUCGAUAGAGAUUAUUUGUUGUUAGAAUUACUAUAUCGCUCAUUAUAAGUGUAAUUAUUGUUGCUUGAAUGUCAAUAAAAGAGAUAAUUAGAAACGAUAACGUGCGCGAAA